AGGUUUUGUUAUGUGACGACAAAAGCACACAUGCAUAACCAUGGAAAUGUCUACAAAAUACCAGAAUAACAAGAUAAUGAACCAUGUUAUCAAUUGACAAUGUGAACUAUGAUAACAGAAUAUUUGAUGAAACACAUUAAAGGUUGUACCAGCUUUGCAUACGAUCCAGCAAGUGUAUUAUAUGUUCUCUUAUAAACCUUACAACCAAAGGGUUGUGUACCCUUUAACAAAAACUGAUGAAACACACGCAGCAAGUAGCUAUUAUGAAUAAUCCUCGGAUAAAUUUCUUACCUGCGCUAAUGGCUCGAAAACAAUCAGGGCUCCGUAGCGAUCUGGUGCCAUUAGCCGAUUUUGGCCCCGAUGAGAAUCUCAAUGAUUCGGCUGAAAUUGAGUGGGUAAAUAAGACAUGGGUACGCAGAGUCUUGCGAAUAUGUGCUUUGUUGAGUCUGAUUUCUGUCAGUGCGAAUACACCAAAGACAUUCCAACAUGAUAAUGGACGACUAGCUUGGUUGAAAUAUGCGACAUUUGUGAUUGACCUGUGUGUGACGUUCUUGUUCACAGCUGAGAUGAUUGCAAAGAUGCAUAUUAGAGGGGUGGUGAAGGGAGAAGUUCCGUAUUUGAAAGAUAGAUGGUGCCAGUUUGAUGGGGUCAUGUGCCUCUGCCUCUGGGUCUCUGUCAUUCUACAAAUAUUUGAGCUGACUGAAGUCGUCCAGGCAUAUUCUGGGUUUUCAAUUUUGAGAGCACCAAGACCUUUGAUCCUGAUCCGAGUUUUCCGGGUGUUCCUCAAGUUCAGUCUGCCUAAAACGAGGAUAGAGCAAAUCUUUAAGAGAUCAAGUCAGCAGAUCUAUAACGUCACCAUCUUCUUCCUGUUUUUCAUGACGUUAUAUGCCAUAUUAGGAGUGCAGUUCUUUGGGGAUCUUAAGUACCAUUGUGUCCGUAAAGGCACAGAUCCUGCGAAAAUCUCGGUGAAUGAUUUAAUGAUUCCCGAUACAUAUUGUUCCCCGAUGAAAAAUUCUGGCUUCCAGUGCCCUCCUCCUAUGGUAUGUAUGGCUCUACAGUUGAAACCUGAUGAGAGAGGAUAUAGUGGCUUCAAUGAGAUAGGUACAAGUUUCUUCACUGUCUACGAGGCUGCAUCACAAGAAGGUUGGGUGUUUAUCAUGUAUAGAGCCAUAGACAGUCUUCCCUCUUGGAGAGCCUUUGUUUACUUCAUCUCCAUGAUAUUUUUCCUUGCCUGGCUUGUCAAGAAUGUCUUUAUUGCUGUUAUUGUUGAAACGUUCGCUGAGAUAAGAGUUCAGUUCCAGCAGAUGUGGGGGCCUAGAGGAAGCCCAACUGAUUCAGAUGCUUCUCAGGUAGUCGAGUCAGAUGGUAUGAACUGGAAGCUUGUAACAAUAGAUGAAAAUAAACCAAAAGGUUUGGCGCCCGCUUUUAUCCAAAGGAUCUUGAAGUCGACUAUCUUCCACAAUGCUAUCCUUGUUAUCGUAUUGGGUAAUGCUAUCACUAUGGCCUGUCUUAGCUUUAACCACAAACCAGGAGUGAAUAUUGAUGACGUCAAAUUGGACAACUUUUACAAAGCGGAGGUUGUUUUUACUAUAAUCUUCAACCUUGAGACAAUAUUGAAGAUCUGGUGUCUUGGAUUUACGAGUUAUUUCAACAGAGCUCUACAUAAGUUUGAACUUGUUCUUGCAAUCGGAACGACACUUCACCUGAUUCCCGUUCUCUACAGGACUGAGUUUGCAGCGUUCCAGGUGUCCAGGGUGGCUAGACUUAUCAAGGCUUCCCCUAUGCUGGAGGAAUUCUGCGCCAAGAUAUUUGGACCAGGCAAGAAACUUGGUAGUCUACUACUUUUUACCAUGUGCCUGCUGAUCAUCACAUCCAGUAUAAGUCUGCAGUUGUUCUGUAGUAUAGACCAAGAGAAUUUCGACAAAUUCACAACUUUCCCAAAUGCCUUUAUGUCCAUGUUUCAAAUCUUGACCCAGGAAGGCUGGGUCGAAGUUAUGGACAACACUAUGCUUGCAAUUUCAACCUAUACUGGUUACGACAAACUCGUCAUUCCCACCGCUAUAUAUUUUUAUAUUUAUCAUCAAGUUGUUACGCUGCAUGUUGCCAUGGUGAUAGAUGCACAAAGCAUAGUUGCAUGCGUUAGCAGAUUGUAUGAAGACAUCAAAAAGUUAAAACAGCUUAAGGCUAGGGAACAAAGUGCUGAAGGUCAACAGAAAAUGCCACUUCGUCUGCGAAUCUUUGAAAAAUUCCCGGACAGCCCACAAAUGGUGAAAUCUGGACAAAAUGUCAACGAUUUCUCAACACCAAAAGUCCGGGACAGUUUUCUGCGGCAAUUUGUUGUCGACGAAGCUGAGCUUGAUAUAGUAGCAGAUGGCGAUGAUAUGUCAGCAUUUUCAAAACAGGACAAAGUGACGCUCUUGCAACCAGCGCCACGGUUACGCAGCAAAACAAAUGUUGGCCCAAAGAAAUCUGGUGUCUCAAACAUUAUAAGGGAGUCUAACAGGCAAAGAAUUCUGGGAGAUGACUCAGCACAAAUGUUGGCUUCUGGGACAAAGUCUCUCUUGUCUAAGCAGUACAGAUUACGAAUGGAUAGAAGAAGUAUGAGAGGACCCAGAGUUGGAAGUUUGAAAGGUAAACAGUUCUCCACACUGAGGGAGAAUGGAGAUAUAGGGGGGACUCUGAACACUAGUAGAAGGACAGAGGACUUUGACAUCAAGAUUCUUCAACAAAAAAAACAUGAGGCUGAAGUCAAAAGAAACCAACAGGAAGAUGACCUUAGAGAGAACCAUCCAUACUUUGACACACCCCUCUUUGCCAUUGGUCGAGAGAGCAAGUUGCGGAAAAUCUGCAGAAUCGUCGUCACGGCCCAGUAUAAGUUUCUCAAACGUGACCCAUUAACAGGGAAGGAGAUUAAAAGCAAAUAUAAACAUAUACAAAAAAUGCUGGGCUUGGUUCCAUAUCUUGAUUGGUUGAUGAUUUUUGUCACAAUCUUUUCAAGUAUAUCUAUGAUGUUUGAGACACCUGAAUACAGAGUCAUGGAGGAAUCAUAUCUCCAGAUUGCAGAGUAUGGAUUUGUUGUGUUUAUGAGCCUUGAGAUGGCGCUGAAAGUCCUUGCCCAUGGAUUAUUCUUCACCCCACAUGCAGUAGUCAGCGAUACAGGGGGUGUUCUCAACAUGUUUAUAUAUCUGAUCAGCGUCAUAUUCUGCUGUUGGAUGCCAAAGAGAGUCGAACCAUUCUCAGGGGCCCAAAUGUUGAUGAUCCUUCGCUGUUUAAGACCCCUUAGAAUAUUCAUCCUUGUACCUCACAUGCGGAAAGUUGUAUACGAUCUUGUCAGAGCUUUCAAGGAGAUUCUGCUGGUAUCAGUCCUAUUGCUUGCGUUGAUGUUCGUUUUUGCCAGCUAUGGGGUACAGUUAUUUGGUGGAAGGCUAGCAAGGUGUACGGAUUACAACUCCAAGACUGGUGCUGGCUCUUCAAGGGAGGAAUGUAACUCCACAUUUAUGCGGAAAAUGUUCGUCACUAAGAUGCGUCUCAAUGAAUCUGAUGACAUCGGCCCACAGUUUCUCGUACCCAAGAUUUGGGCUAAUCCACGUAACUUCAACUUUGACAGAAUCAGCCAUGCUAUGCUUGCAUUAUUUGAAGUGCUCUCACUGGAAGGAUGGAUUGAGAUUAGAGAUGUCCUCAUCAACAGAGUUGGUUCACAACAUGCCAUAUAUGUUCAUCUAUUUGUGUUCCUCGGAUGCAUGAUUGGUCUGACACUAUUUGUGGGUGUGGUGAUCGCAAACUACAGUGAAAAUAAGGGAACAGCUCUGCUAACAGUUGACCAGAGGCGUUGGUUGGAUCUUAAGGGGAGAAUUAAACUGGCCCAACCUCUUCAUAUACCCCCUAGACCAGAAAACAGCAGAUUUCGCAGCUUUAUGUAUGACAUCACACAGAACAUAAUCUUCAAGCGUUUCAUCGCUAUUAUGGUGAUGGCCAACUGUGCUCUGUUGAGUAUUCCGUGGCGAAGUAAGGAAGAAUCUGAUAAUGGAACAAAACUUGAUGACAAUGCAGAUAAUGAUCAACCCACGCUGGCACUUGCUACUGUGGCUGUUGUAUUUACAUUAUUGUUUGUAGUCGAGGUUAUGAUGAAAAUUAUUGCUCUUGGACCAAAUGGUUACUGGACGAGUAGACGAAACAGAUUCGACAUGUUUGUCACAAUAUUAGGAGUCGUUUGGGCGAUCCUUCACCUAGCCUCUAGACAUAAAGGAUCAACUUGGGAAGAUUUCAGUAACUCUCUUGGGUACUUUGUCAUAGUUCUACGCUUCUUCACAAUCACAGGCAAACAUGCAACACUAAAGAUGUUAAUGCUGACAGUGGUAGUCUCGAUGUUUAAGAGUUUUUUCCUCAUCAUGGGAAUGUUCCUUCUCAUGCUGUUCUAUGCCUAUACUGGGGUCAUAUUAUUUGGUUCUGUCAAGUUUGGGGAGAACCUUGGCAGGCAUGCCAAUUUCCGUACAGCAUCCAAUGCAGUUGCCCUUUUGUUCCGAAUAGUCACAGGGGAAGAUUGGAACAAAAUUAUGCACGAUUGCAUGGCUCGGCCCCCGUUCUGUUCAAGAAUUCAGCCGGGUGAAAACUACUGGGAGUCGGAUUGUGGGAACUUUGCUGCGGCUCUGGUGUAUUUCUGCUCUUUCUACAUCAUAAUUACAUAUAUUGUGUUGAACUUACUUGUAGCUAUCAUUAUGGAGAACUUCUCUCUCUUCUACUCUAAUGAGGAGGACGCGUUGCUAAGUUACAAUGACAUCAGACAGUUUCAGAACACAUGGAGUUUGGUAGAUGUGAACAGAAAGGGGUUCAUACCAGUAAAGCGUGUGAAGUUUGUCUUGAGGUUACUGAAGGGUCGAUUAGAGGUUGAUCUUGAGAAAGACAGAUUGCUAUUCAAGCAUAUGUGUUACGAGAUUGAGCGUUUACACGGUGGAGCUGACGUCACAUUCCAUGAUGUGUUAAGUAUGUUGUCAUAUAGAUCAGUUGACAUAAGGAAAAGUCUACAACUUGAAGAGUUACUAGCAAGAGAAGAAUUAGAGUAUAUGAUUGAGGAAGAAGUGGCCAAACAGACAAUCAGAGACUGGCUGGACCAGUGUCUUAAAAGAAUCAGAGCAAAAGAGCACUCCAGCAUUAUCACAAAUCUGCGUAAAACUAACGAGCCUCUAUUCACAGUGACCGAGCACAUUUUGCCCGCGCUAGAUCAGAAAGACGAGGAACAUGAUGAAGUGCCACCUAUUGGCAGAUCAAGGAAAAAGAUUGAGCGAAACACAAGUGCUCCACUGCCAGGGUCUUUACAGGCACCAUCCAGAAAGUUCCUGGCCCCAACUCUGAGUGAUGGAGCCAUAAGGCCGGAUAAAGAGAGAAUGGGUACCAAAAAGAGAAACACACGUCUUCAACAAGGUGGCAAAUCACUUACAAAUUUAGCUGGGGAUUUAGCGGGCAUUCUGAACCAAAAAUCACAAAACAAUAUGUAUGGAACGAACCCUGUAGCGACAGAGGUCAAAGACUGGUGGAAGGAACAGGCGCAUUAUACAACAGAAUCUGAGGAAUCAAGUGAAUGAAAAUAUAUCUCGUAUAAAUUAAAGUGUAAAUAGUUUAUAUAUUGAAUGUAGCAAAAUGAACAGCAGAUGAUAUAAAUGCAAGAACAAUAUUAUAGUAUAGAAGGGAGGAAAGAACCCUGCUGCAACUGAGGAAGGUGGAAGGAACAGACGCAUUAUAUAACAGAAUCUGAGGAAUCAAAUGAAGGA